AAAUAACACUGGUGGGCUCUAGGGGCAGCUCGUAUAUGAAAAUACCUAGUCACGCAUGACUGACGCAGAAUAAUUCGUCCAGCCAGGCUCACAAACGUUAACUUGCGCUUCGGAAGAACAGCGUGGGUGUGACUGCCGGUUGUCGUGCGAGCAGCAACCAGUUUCAGCAUCAGGAGAAGACGAAGAAGAAGCGUCACCGCCCGCUUCAGCUCACACAGGAGGAAGACGCUCUGCUGUCAUGGCUUCCCUUGGUAACUCGGGGGCCACGGCCAGUCCUGCCGUGAACCUGGCGCCCAAGACCAAGACGAAAAAGAAGCAUUUUGUUCAGCAGAAGGUGAAGGUGUUUCGCGCGAGCGACCCCGUCCUGAGCGUGUUCAUGUGGGGCGUCAAUCACUCGAUCAAUGAUCUCAGCCAGGUGCCUGUCCCUGUCAUGCUGCUGCCCGAUGACUUCAAAGCAAACACUAAGAUCAAAGUCAACAACCAUCUUUUCAACAAAGAAAACCUCCCUGGACAUUUCAAGUUCAAGGAAUAUUGUCCUCAGGUCUUUCGAAAUUUAAGGGAACGGUUUGGCAUUGAGGAUCUUGAUUACCAGGUGUCAAUGACCCGCAGCUCACCUACAAGAUGCUCUGAUGAUCAGGGAGAAGGUCUGCUUCUCAACUCCUACGACCGCACGCUGGUUAUCAAGCAGAUCUCUAGUGAGGAUGUAGCAGACAUGCACAACAUCCUGUCCGAGUAUCACCAGCACAUAGUCAAGUGUCAUGGCAACACCCUGCUGCCACAGUUCUUGGGCAUGUACCGCGUGAGCGUGGACAGCGAGGAAACCUACCUAAUCGUCAUGAGGAACAUGUUCAGCCACAGACUGGUUGUGCACAGGAAGUACGACCUGAAGGGCUCCCUGGUGGACCGUGAAGCCAGUGACAAAGAACGGGAAAAAGAGCUCCCUACAUUUAAGGACAAGGACUUCAGAAACAACAUGCAGAAGGUGUAUGUAACCGAGGAGGAGAAAGAAAAGUUCAUGGAGAAGCUCAACAGGGAUGUGGAGUUUUUGGUGAAACUGAAGAUCAUGGACUACAGUUUGCUGCUUGGUAUCCAUGACGUCGGCCGCGCCGAACAGGAGGAGGAGGUUGAGGAGACGCCUCAGGAGGACGAGCCUGACGCUGAGAACGGCCUGGCUCCCGGUCCCGUUGUGGGCUCCUUCGGCACGUCUCCUGAAGGAAUCGCCGGUUACAUGUCCACCUACAAGCCCCUGGGGGCCGGAGAGUUUGACCCCUAUGUGGACGUAUACGCCAUGAACAGCUGUUCAGGCGCUCCUCAGAGGGAGGUGUACUUCAUGGGCCUUAUAGACGUCCUCACGCAGUACGACACCAAGAAGAAAGCUGCUCACGCCGCCAAAACUGUCAAACACGGGGCCGGUGCUGAGAUCUCCACGGUCCACCCGGAGCAGUACGCCAAACGCUUUCGCGACUUCAUCUCAAACAUUUUCGCGUAACACUCCAGCGCGAUCCUGCAGAGGCUGUGGGCCGACACGAGAUCGCGGACUCUCCCUGUGGUCUGAGGCAGCCCAAGCUGUAGCAAUCUAAUUUAAUACUUCUGAUGCAUAUUUAUUAUUACGAUGUAUUUGUAGGUGUUGAGCACUCUCAGAGGAGCAGUUCGGGAGUGACUGGAAACAAACUGCUGCUGAUCAGUGUUGAAAGGCUUCGCAUUAGCAGAGCUGGUGUUUGAUGGUGGAGGUUUAGCUCUGUCCACAAAAGACCAGACCAUCCUGUCGACAAACCUGAACUGAAGCUGGCAAAACGUGUGCACAGAUCUGCCUAACGCUGGCUGUACCGCAAAGAUUAGGCCGGAUAUGCUGCAUCCAGAAACUGCCUUACUCUAGUCUCCGUCUGUAAAGUCAUUAUAAAGGCAAAUAAGGUUAUUUUUGUAACUUUUUUCAACAAUGAAGCCAACAAAUGUAGCCGAAGAGGAAACACUCCUGCAACAAAAUGUAAAAAAGUAGGGCAAAAGGUUUAGCUUUCACAUCUAAACACUAGGAGGUCUUUUCAGAAUAAAAGCCCUCAAGCUUUUUUUUUGUUUUUGUGAGUUUUUGUUUUGACCUUCAGGAAGUAAGUGGACAGAGCUAGACUAAACCUGGUGCAGGGAGCGCUGAAGAGCUUUACCACAUUUUUCCUUAAAGCUACAGCUCACCUCUAGAGAUGGUAGGGAUAGGUAGGUAUUUUCUAGAUUUGGUGUACACUAGACAUUUAUCUGUAGCGGCAGGCCAUCUGCAUCUGUAAGAGUGCCAAACAGGUAAGAUGGAAGCUUUACCAGAGCAGAAUUUGCACUUUGGAUGCAGUUAAUUAGGCUUUGUGACUCCAAAAACAGUUUGUACGGUCGAAAUAGUUUUCUAGUCUUUGCAUAUUUUUUUGAAGAACACUCUUGACCAUUGAACUGAUUUAAAACUGAAACAUGUAUCCUUUGAACAUGUCUUCCAGCCCAGAAUCAUUCUACCUGUACAAGCGAGUGGGGGGGGGGGCAUUUGCAUCCGCGUUACUGAAGGAAGGAAGCAAAUGACAGGGCGAGUUCUGUCCUCUCGAUAAUCAUGAUGGCUCCCAAAAAUGGGAAGAAUGAGCCCAUCUAUCAAGGCUUUAUGGUGUGUGUGUGGUGGUUCAGUGUUAAAGUGGCAAAUGUCUGUUAUAGGAUUAUGGAUGAGGUGAGAUGAAGGGUUCAGGUUCAGCCUCAUGUGGUUUGAAGCUACAGUUUCCAUGCUAAACCGUUUUGAUGGCAUCACUGCAUUGGAGCAGCUUGACCAGUGAGGUCCUCCAUUAUUCCUUAUAACAUGAGGGGGGAUGCGGCUUUGACUCCGUAGGAUCUGCUCGGUGACGGCACAUGCUUUUUAUUUUUUUAGAAUUUUCUUCAAAUAUCUAUUUUUUUGGACCAAAAACAUAUUUUAUUAAGAUUUCUCUGGAAACUCUUGACUUGUUUCUGCUGAAAUGAGUCCACGGGGUAAUGACACUGCCACAGAGUAAAAUACGGCCAACGGGGGGGGCUUCUCUGAACUUUUUAAUCGCCUAUUUUCAAACCUCGAUUUAUCUGCUUUCAGUGUGACACUGUUGUCUUUAAGAAUACCUCAGCUCUCCUGUGAACACUGUCAUUUCACUCAGAUCCUCCUGCUGCCUGAAGGAUAGUGACUUUUCCUGAUCUUUUCUGGGUUACAAUUUUUUUUUCUUGUGUGGAAAAAAUAUAAAUAAAAACUUUCCUGAAUAA